CCGGACACUCGGACUAGCGCGGAACAAAGAGCCAAACAUACUCCGAGUCCGCUCCGCCUCCGGCCCGGGUUACCUGCGCAGCUCCUUGCCCAGGCCAAUUCCUCCAUGCUGUCUUCAAGCCCUGCUUCCUGCACUCCUCCCGACCCUGACAAGGAGGGCCCCAGUAAGAAGGUGCAGUGGGCUUCUGGGAGGAGGAGAACAUCAUCCACAGACUCCAAGUCCCACCCCGACCCCUCCAAAGCGUCCAGGUCCCGGAAAUCAAGCCGGCUGACAGUGAAGUACGACCGGGGGCAGCUCCAGAGCUGGCUGGAGAUGGAGCAGUGGGUGGACGCCAAGGUUCAGGAGCUCUUCCAGGAUCAACCAACCCCUUCUGAGCCUGAUAUUGACCUGGAGGUGCUCAUGGAACUCUCCACAGAGGAGCAGAAAACUCAGUUGGAGGCUCUUCUCCGAGACUGUCCCCGCCCCACAGAGCCUUUUAUCUCUGAGCUACUCAGUCAACUCAAGAAGCUCCGGAGACUCAGCCGGCCUCAGAAAUAGGACCUGGGAGGCUGGGUCAGCAGCCUGGGCACUGUCAGGCCUGCUCUGAGUCUCUGCACCCUGGGCUGAGAGGGAAGUGGCGUCCCGGGACAUGGACGAGGAACUCUGGAAAAUGAAGAGGGGCCUUUGGACACCCCUGUUGUAUACAGUGACAGCUAGUUCUCGUCAUCUGGGUUUCCAUGAGCCAGCCACACUGUUGCCCGGUGCU